AUGAGAAUUAAGUUGGGCUUUGAGGGUGCUUACAGUGUUGAUGCUAAUGGUCACAAGGGUGGGCUUACACUUUUAUGGAGGUACAGUGAUGGAGUGCGGUUUCUGGGAUAUUCUCACAGCCAUAUCGACAUUGAAAUUUCUACUCCAAAUCUCCCUACUUGGCGUUUGACUGGUCUAUACGGGGAACCAAACCGUAGCUUGCGGUUCAAAACUUGGCAAUUAAUCACCUCCCUCCACGCUGAGUCUCAACUUCCAUGGUGCAUCAUAGGCGACAUAAACAACAUUGGUAAUCAAAGUGAAAAAAAAAGAGGCAGACUUUAUCCUUCUUCUUUGAUCACUGGUUUCCAAGAAGUGCUGUGCAAUUGUAACUUGACUGAUAUGGAACUUCAUGGCCAUCCGUACACAUGGGAACGUGGCAAAGGUACGAACAAUUGGGUAGAAAUUCGUCUCGACAAAGCUCUAGUUACUUCUCUCUGGCUCGAUAUCUUUCCCUCUGUUGUGCUAUCGAAUGGUGAUGUCUCUUCCUCAGAUCACACGCCCAUCUAUCUUGAACCUUCACCUGCUGCUCCUGCUGAUACGGUGUACCAGUUUCGUUUCGAGAAUGCCUGGACAAGAGAGCCUUUUUGUGCUCAAAUCGUCCAAGCCUGCUGGGACCAAAAUGCUUCUCUGCCUCUUCAUGAAAAAAUCUCCCUCUGCAGCAAGGAUCUCGUCGACUGCGGCAGAAACUUAACCUGUAAUUUUAAGAAAAGAAUCAGGCAAAGCAAAGCAAAACUUGCUUCUUUAAAAGGUAAUUCUGACCCUUCUUCCAUUGCUGAUUUUGGUUAUGAACAAAAUAAUUAUUUUGAGAUUCUAGCCCAACAAGAGCUUUAUUGGAAGCAAAGAUCAAAGCAAUUUUGGCUUCAUAGUGGGGAUAAAAACUCAAAUUUUUUUCAUGCUAUGGCUAGUAAUCGGAAACGCAGCAAUAAGAUUCAAUAUCUUAAAAAUAGCUCUGGUAUUUGGACUGCUUGGAACAAUGGCCUUGAAGAGGUAAUGGUUGAUUAUUUUACCAAUAUUUAUUCUGCUGGGAAUGUUGAUUGGAACCCAGUUGUGAAUGGUGUACAUUGCACGGUUACUACUGCCCAGAAUCUUGAGUUGUUGAAGCCGGUCACUAAUGAGGAAGUUCGGCUUGCUCUUUUCCAAAUGCAUCCCGACAAGGCCCCGGGACCUGACGGAAUGGGACCUGGGUUUUUUCAGAAACACUGGCAUAUUGUUGGGACAGAUUUGAUUAAUGCUACCUGUGAUUUCUUUGCUUCGGCCACUUUCCCAGACCACUUGAAUGAUACAAAUCUAGUGUUGGUCCCUAAAAAGAAGUCUCCAAGCUCUAUGAGUGAUCUCCGCCCUAUAGCUUUAUGCAAUGUCUCUUACAAGGUGAUUGCAAAAGUUCUAGCAAACCGUAUGAAGCUUAUCAUUGAUCAUAUUAUCUCUCCCACUCAGAGUGCGUUCAUUCCGAGUCGCUUGAUCUCAGACAAUAUCAUGAUUGCUUUUGAAAUAAUGCACUAUCUUAAGAGGAAAGUUCAUGGGAAGAAAGGUUACAUGGCUCUCAAGCUUGACAUGAGCAAAGCCUAUGAUCGUGUCGAAUGGGGUUACUUACAAGCUAUUAUGCUUCAAAUGGGCUUUGAUCACAGAUGGGUCACAUUGAUUAUGGCUUGCGUUACUAGUGUUCGGUAUUCUAUUUUUCAUGACGGUCAUGUCAUGGGACCAAUAACUCCAUCUCGUGGCAUUCGUCAAGGUGAUCCGCUCUCUACCUAUUUAUUUAUAAUCUGUGCUGAAGGCUUCUCAGCUCUUAUAUCUCGGUUUGAGAGGGAGCGUUUACUCCAAGGUUGUCGUGUUGCUCAAGGGGCGCCAAUGGUCUCACACAUGCUGUUUGCUGAUGACAGCUAUGUCUUUUGUCAAGCUCAUAAUGGUGCUGCUGGUAGUGUCUUGUCUCUGCUUCGACAAUUCGAAAAUGCAUCGGGUCAACAAAUUAAUUUGGCCAAAUCAUCACUUUUUUUCAGCCCCAAUGUUCAUGCUCAGCUUCGGGCCAGUAUCUGCUCCAUUCUUCAUAUUCCUGAGGCUCUUGAAAAUAGUUUUUACUUGGGACUCCCCAACAUUAUUGGGAGAAACAAGAAAGCUAUUCUUGGUUUCCUUAAGAACAAGGUUUUGAAUAGAAUCAAUAGCUGGACUGGGAAGUUGUUGUCAAAUGCGGGCAAGGAAAUUCUCUUAAAGACUGUGGUUCAAGCUCUCCCUACUUAUGCUAUGAGUGUCUUUCUCAUCCCACUUGGUACUUGCGACGAAAUUGAGAAGCUAAUGGCUCGUUUCUGGUGGAAAACAACUAGUAGUCAGGGCAAUGGAAUUAUUUGGAUGAAUUGGGACCGUCUUUCUCGACCAAAAGAUGAAGGUGGCUUAGGCUUUCGCCUUCUCCAUGAUUUUAACUUGGCUAUGCUAGCUAAACAAGGUUGGAGGUUGCUGUGCUAUCCGGACUCUCUUGUCUCCAGACUUUAUAAAGCUCGUUAUUUUCCCCAUGAUGACUACCUUUCUGCGGGGUUGGGUCGUAAUCCUAGUUUUGUUUGGCGGAGCAUCUGGAGUUCUAUGGAUCUUCUUCGCCAAGGGGUUAAAAGAACUAUCGGCACUGGCUCUUCUACUAGUAUCUUGCAUCACCCUUGGCUCCCUGACCCUGGUAAUCCUUACAUCACUUCUUCUCAUAUUGGUCUUAUUGGUCACACUGUUAGCUCACUAUUUUCUAUUGAUGAAAGAAGUUGGGAUAUCGACUUGGUUCGAGAUAUGUUUAAUGACAGGGAUGCUAAUCUAAUCUUAAGCAUCCCUCUAAGCUUCUCAGCUUCUUCUGACUUCUGGUCCUGGUCUAAUGAAAGCUCUGGUCAAUUCUCCGUCAAAAGUGCUUAUCGUAUCCUCCAAGCUUCUAAAGACCCCAGAACUGGUAGCAACAAUUCAGGUUUUUGGCAAAACCUUUGGCAACUUAAAAUCCCACCGAAGGUUCGUAAUUUCCUUUGGCGUGCUGCAUCUGGGAGUUUGCCGACCUGUGUAAAUCUUAGAAUCAAGCAUGUUGAUGUUCCACCUGUCUGCCCUGUCUGCCGAGCUGCUCCUGUAACAACCUCACAUAUCCUGCUUUCUUGCACUUUUGCCUCUUCUUGUUGGCACCAUAUGGGUCUACCAGCUGGGGUCUCUCUUGACCUCUCUUUUGCUAGUUGGCUGGAUAGUCUCUUUCAGUCUCUUGAUUCUGAUCGGGUCUGUUCGUUGGCUAUGAUUGCGUGGUCCUUAUGGAAAGCAAGAAACUCAAUUGUAUGGAAAGAUAAGGUUCUUACUGUUGCAAAUGUUCUAUCUUCAGCCCGCAUUGCUCUUGAUCACUGGCGUAAAGCUCAGGAUAACACCUCUCUAUCUCAUAUCUACUUUGGUAGUUCUAAUGAUGGAGCUGAGCUAUGGACUAAACCAAAAACAAAUACAAUCAAGGUUAAUGUUGAUGCUGCGAUCUUUGCUAGUGAAAACCAAUAUGGUUAUGGAAUGGUUGCCAGAAACGACUCAGGGUCUCUUAUUGAUGCUACAACUCACUGUUCUAAUGGUGCCUUCACUCCAGAGGUUGUUGAGAUCAUGGGUAUCAAAGAGGCUCUAAGUUGGAUCAAACGAAACGGUUGGCAACAUGUUGUUCUGGAAUCUGACAGUCUAGUCUCUAUUCAAGCUAUUCGUAGCUGCUUGCCUCUUUGUUCCAUUUUUGGAAAUCUAGCUCAAGACUGUCGUUCUCUUUUGCUUUCUAUGCCUUCAAUAAAAGUCUGUUUUGUCAAACGAUCAGCAAACCGUCUAGCACAUGUUGUAGCUAGAAUGUCACGGUAUUUAUCUGGUUGUAAUAUUUCUGUGUCUAAUGCUCCAGUUGCUAUUCUGAAUGUUUUGUACUCAGAAUGUUAA